UUCACUUACGAGCGUUUGUUCCCACUCUACAAACAGUGCUGCUAUUUGCAGAAUGAGGCUGUGGCUUCUUCUCGUUGCUCUCUACUCUAUAGCCUAUGCAAAGGAGGAAAAGAAGGAUGCAAAGGAUGGAGCAGAGAAAGCUGAGAAUCCAUUAGCAAAUGGAUUUGUUGGCGACAUAGACUGGGUCGAAUGGCACAAAGCAAUCGGUGUUGCAAAAGAUCUCAGAAAACCAAUCAUGCUGAUCAUUCACAAAACUUGGUGUGGAGCUUGCAAACGAUUGAAAAGCGAGUUUUCUACGGCACCACAAACUAAAGAUCUCGUUACCCUUUCCAAGAAAUUUGUGAUGGUCAACGUACAAGAUGAUGAAGAGCCUCAAGAACAUAAAUACGCUCCGGAUGGAGGAUACAUCCCUCGUGUCCUGUUUUUGGAUACGGAUGCUGAGCCACUCCUCACAAACAACGCAAAAAGAUACAAAAAUAACAAGUAUUUCUAUCCAUUUGUCCCCGAGCUUGUCGACGGAAUGAAGAGAGCACUGGAAGAGUUCAAAGAAAUUGAAAAGGGAGGAAGAAGGCCUAGAUUGUCAAAAAACGCGGAGGGAGAGCAGGCCGAUACUAAGCCUAGGAAAAAAGCAGAAGAAGAAGACGAAGAGGAGGAUGAGAUGAAAUACGAAGAAAGCAAAACUGAGAAGAAGAAAGACUCCAAAAAGGAUGAGAAGAAAAAGGAGGAGAAGGUGAAGGAAGAAAAGAAGACAGAGAAGAAGAAGUCAGAACAAGAAAAGAAAGAGAAAGAGAAGAAGAAGGAGGAGGAAGAAGAGAAGGAAGACGAAGAAGAAGAAGAGAAGGUAGCCAAGAAGAAGGAAGAUAAGAAGAAAGAGGACAAGAAGAAGGAAGACAAGAAGAAAGAGGACAAGAAGAAGGAAGAUAAGAAGAAGGAGGAUAAGAAGAAAGAUGAUAAGAAGAAGGAAGACAAGAAGAAAGAGGAUAAAAAGAAGGACGAAAAGAAGAAAAAGUCAACUAAAGAUGAGAAGGGUAUGGAAGAAGCCAUUCUAACAUAUCUCUAACAAUUUUCUAUCGCUACAUAUCGCUAUCUCUAUAACAAGCGCAGAGUUCAAUAUCCAAGUCUCUUCAUAUUUGCAGAAAGAUGAGCUAUAAAAACUAUCAACAUUCCUGCACUCGUGCCCGCCAGAAGCUACGGAUAUAAAUCAAGUUUGUUUUUGGUUAUAAAUUUUAUCUAUUGUCGAGAUUUUGUUGAAAUAAAA